AUGGCGGCGGCGGCGGCGGAGGCCGGCGGGAUGGGCCUCACCGACCUGCCCGGGGAGCUGCUGGAGCUGAUCCUGUGCAGCGGGGUCCUGAGCGCCGCCGACAUCGGCCGCGUCUCCUGCACCUGCCGCCGGCUGCGGGAGACGUGCCAGGCCCGCGGCAAGGUCUGGCGGGAGCGCUUCCGCCGCCGGUGGCCAUCGCUACUGAAAUACUACAGCCAGACAGACAACGUCAAUUGGCUAAAGGAAUAUAAAGCACGGCACAAUGCCGGCUUAGAAACUCGACGAAUUGUAGCAUCGUUCUCCAAAAGAUUCUUCUCAGAACAUGUCCCCUGUGAUGGCUUCAGUGACAUUGAGACUCUUGGGUGCCCGGGUCAUUUUUUUGAGGACGAGUUGAUGUCUAUCCUUAACAUGGAAGGAAGGAAGUGUCUAACCUGGAAGUACUAUGCAAAGAAAAUUCUUUACUUUCUACGACAACAGAAUAUUUUAAAAAAUCUGAAGGCAUAUCUUGAACAACCUGGGGACCAACUGUCAUUUUUGGAAGGUGCUGUUUUAAUUGACCAGUACUGUAAUCCUCUCUCAGACAUCUGUCUAACAAGUGUCCAGGCGCAGGUUGACGAUAUUACAGACAAAGUUCGCAAAGUCCUGCGGACCAAAAACCCUAGGCAUCCAAGCUUGGCUCCAAAGGCAGGAGAGGUCUUGAUUGUUUCUGAUGUGGAGUUUCAAAGGCAGGUACUGGAUGCUAUGAAUUGUGUCCUCUAUGAGCUGUUAAAAUACAAAGGAAAUGAGAUGGAUUACUACAACUCCUUGAAUUCAUUCAUUCACCAGGUUUUAAUCCGUAGGACAGGAAUCCCUAUCAGCUUAUCUGUGCUCUAUUUAACAAUUGCCAGGCAGUUGGGAGUCAGACUUGAGCCAGUCAACUUUCCUAGUCACUUCCUGCUGAGAUGGUGUCAAGGGAAAGAAGGAAGCACAGACAUCUUUGACUACGUGUACAUAGAUGCCUUUGGAAAGGGAAAGCAGCUAACUGUGAAAGAAUGCGAGUACCUGAUUGGCCACCAUGUAACAGAGGAGUUCUAUGGAGUGGUUACUUCAAAGGAGGUCUUGCAGCGUAUGGUGGGAAACCUUUUAAACCUUGGAAAACGGGAAAGCACUGAUCAGUCCUACCAGCUCUUGAGAGACUCCUUGGAUCUGUACCUGGCCAUGUAUCCGGACAAUGUGCAGCAUCUAAUGCUCCAGGCUAGGUUAUACUUCCACCUGGGAAUCUGGCCAGAAAAGGUUCUGGACAUCCUGCAGCAUGUCCAAGCGUUGGAUCCAUCCCAGCAUGGGGCAGUAGGGUAUUUAGUUCAGCAUACCUUAGAGCAUAUUGACCGCCGUAAGGAGGAAGUGGGGCCUGAGGUGAAGCACCGUUCUGAUGAGAAGCACAAAGAGAUCUGCUUUUCUAUUGGGCUGAUCAUGAAACACAAGAGAUAUGGCUAUAACUGUGUCAUCUAUGGCUGGGAUCCCACCUGCAUGAUGGGACAAGAAUGGAUUAGAAAUAUGAAUGUCCAUAGCCUACCUCAUGGCCCCCAUCAACCUUUUUACAAUGUGCUGGUGGAGGAUGGAUCCUGCAUAUACGCUGCUCAAGAGAACCUGGAAUAUAACUUGGAGCCUCAUGAAAUCGCUCACCCUGAUAUUGGCCGUUAUUUUUCAGAGUUUACAGGCACUCAUUACCUGGCAAAUGCAGAGCUGGAGAUUAGAUAUCCUGAGGAUUUGGAACUUUCUUGUGCAACAGUCCAAAAGAUUUACAGCACAGUCAAGGAAUGAGUGUAACUUGAUCACAAGGACAGAAGAAAGUUUAUCACAGCUGCUGCCGUAUCCUCUUUGUGGACAGAAUUAUGGAAGCCAGUUUUCACAAUGAUCUUAAGGCAUAUGCCCUGGGAAUUGCUUCGCACUUUGUAACCUGUGAUAUCGCGUAUGUCUAAUAACCACUCGGUUACCAUCUGCCCACACUAGUCAAUUAAUAUGGAAUGCAUUGGUAUUCCAGACAAGGUAUUCAUUAUCUUGAAGUGACAAUCAAAAUAUGAAGUGUAAUUGUCCCCUUGAGCGCUUGCGUUUACCACCCGUGUGUUUAUGAUCUUUUUUUCAUAUUUAGGAUGUGAGCAUGUUACGACUGUAGCUGAAGUCUGGAAUAAUCCCAUGUUGUGGAUAAGGAUUGAUCAUACUUGCAGUAUUUUUUUACAUAUCUAUUCUGUGUAUGCAGUAGCUUUAAGGUCUCUCUGAAGUUCCACAGUUGUUUGUUUCUUAGUUCUGAUUUUCCUCUUACCCUGAAAAUGAUUAGUGUUGCAAGCAUUCAAAUGCUGAAAUCACUUUUCAGCCUCAGCAAUUUCACUGAAACUUUGUUGAACAAGAAUCAUGAGGCACCAUAUGAUGGUGAGUUCAGCAGUAACUUGAAUGGACUCAUACAUGUAACACUUCCAGCUGUUACAGAUGCACUGUUGAAUCAUUUUAUAGAAAAUAAGAUCCUGGCAAUUUUCUCUCCCCAAGAACUUCUUGUUGGGACCUUGAUUCCUCCCUGUACUUUUUCUUCCAUUAUGUCCCCUUCUGGUGUUAAAUUUGUGAUAUGGUCAUAUAUGUAUUUUUCUACAUGUCUCCUCUUAUCCGAUUGAAACUGUUAAAACUUGUAGUUUGAACCACCAUCUUGUGAUGGCAAACGGCUGUUAUCUAUACUGUCAGAUUGCGAUUGUGCCAUGAAAGCCAGUAGACGCCAGCAUCUGGCAAUCAAUACAUGGAGAACUUAUUUCCUA